AUGACAUCCUCAGAAAAGGUAGUAGAGACUGUGAUAGCAGGAAAUUAUGCAGAAAUGGAAACUGAAGGGAAGUCUAAAGAUAUUAAGUCUAAAGUCUCCAACUUCUUUUGGCAUGGUGGCUCUGUUUAUGAUGCCUGGUUUAGCUGUGCUUCAAAUCAGGUGGCUCAAGUGCUGCUCACUUUACCAUACUCAUUUUCUCAGCUGGGAAUGAUGUCUGGGAUUCUUUUUCAGCUCUUCUAUGGCUUAAUGGGCAGUUGGACUGCAUAUAUUAUUAGUGUUCUCUAUGUAGAGUACAGAACUAGAAAAGAAAGGGAAAAAGUUGAUUUCAGAAAUCAUGUUAUUCAGUGGUUUGAAGUUCUUGACGGGCUUCUUGGAAAACACUGGAGGAAUGUAGGAUUGGCAUUUAAUUGCACUUUUCUUCUGUUUGGAUCUGUGAUUCAACUCAUAGCUUGUGCAAGUAACAUAUAUUACAUAAAUGACAAUCUGGACAAGAGAACUUGGACUUACAUCUUUGGUGCAUGUUGUGCAACCACUGUAUUCAUCCCUUCUUUCCACAACUAUCGGAUUUGGUCAUUCCUCGGCUUGGUAAUGACCACGUACACGGCCUGGUACCUCACUGUUGCGUCCCUCCUACACGGGCAGGUGGAGGGUGUGAUGCACUCGGGACCAACCAAGUUGGUGCUAUAUUUCACAGGAGCCACAAACAUUCUCUACACAUUUGGGGGACAUGCCGUUACUGUGGAGAUAAUGCACGCAAUGUGGAAGCCUCAAAAGUUCAAGGCCAUUUACUUACUGGCGACUCUUUAUGUGCUGACAUUGACGCUUCCAUCUGCAGCAGCAGUGUACUGGGCAUUUGGAGAUAUGCUUCUAAAUCACUCCAAUGCAUUUUCUCUUCUCCCAAGAUCACCCUUCAGGGACAUGGCUGUUGUUUUGAUGCUCAUCCAUCAGUUUAUAACUUUUGGAUUUGCAUGCACACCGUUGUAUUUUGUGUGGGAAAAGGCAAUAGGGAUGCACGAGUGUAAGAGUUUGUGCAAGCGGGCAGCUGCAAGGUUGCCGGUAGUUAUACCCAUAUGGUUCUUGGCUAUUGUUUUUCCAUUCUUCGGCCCCAUCAACUCCACUGUCGGAUCACUUCUCGUUAGCUUCACUGUCUACAUUAUCCCGGCUUUGGCUCACAUUUUCACCUUCCGAUCUGCAUCUGCCAGAGAGAAUGCAGUGAAUCAACCAUCCAAGUACGUUGGGAGAUGGGUCGGGACUUGUAUUAUCAACAUCUUUAUUGUUGUGUGGGUGUUAAUCGUCGGGUUUGGAUUUGGCGGAUGGGCGAGCAUGAUAAACUUCGUACACCAGAUCGACACAUUUGGACUUUUCACCAAGUGCUACCAAUGCCCUCCUCAGUUGCCACCAUCAUCUUCGCCACCCAACUUCUUCAAUGCCACGGCUCCUCUGCCACCUCCCACAGCCAAUCUCACACAUCCCCACCGCCCUUGA